CAGAAUUCCAGAAUCUUUGCCGUCUCUUCAUGAUGAAGUGCUCGCAGCUGCAGCAGAUGGUGCCAUGAAAUUAUCCACUCAACAGAAGAAACAGGGUGGUGGCCCAAAUAUUAUAGGUACUCUCGUUAAAGGAUUUAAAGGGGGAAAACCGAAUCAUAAUAUGGAUCUCAGUUAGAUGUCUAAGUCAAACUUUAGUCAUGUGGAAGGUGUUUUUAUGAAGAACCCACUCCACCCAGAACCGUCCCCUAGUAUCACUAAGGAAGUUCAAGAAGAAGCGGAGCUCGAUAUAGAUGAUAUUGAAAUUGAUGAGCCUGUUCCUGUGGCUUCUACUUCAUCUCAUAACACACAAAAUACUAAGAGAGUAACUGAAAGAGAAAAGUUACUUGAUUCUGAGGGUGACGAUGCCAAGCCCAGACUUAGGACACGGGAAGAAAUCAUAGCAAAAUAUAGAAAAGCUGGCAGCUUAAUAUGGAGUAAGUUUACUGGAUCAUCAACACCCAGAAUCAGAGAGAUGGAGAUAAGAAGAUAUGGGUGGAAUUUCAUGAUAUUGAGGAUGUCAUUUCUGAAAUAUCGAGCAGAAAUACUUAUCAGAACAGUGGAAAAGAUAGGAAGACCUAGAAAUAUGGAGGUUUAG